GAAACCCAUUAGCGCCACCUAACACCGCCCACUUCGAAUGCCCUAGUUUCACAAUGCGUGCGCCUCCAAGGAUAGCUAGCAUUUGCUAGCUAACUGGAUGUUUUCGAGCAGACGGGAUGGAGAGCGGCGAGGGGAUGGAGGUGGCGGGUUGGGACCCCAGCCUGGAGGAAGAACUGGGCGUUUCUCUGGAGGAGCUGAAGAAGUGGAUCGAAGAAGCCGUGGAGAAGAGCGAGAUCGUGCAGAAGAAAAAGGCUCAUCUGACGGAGCUGAAAGAAUGGGUGGAGCAGAAAGAGAAGGAGGAGGCGAUCACGGAGGUACUUCUCAACGAUGCCAAAGGGUCCGUGUUGGAAUGUGAGAAGCUGGUGAAGGCAACCUAUCGCAAGAAUGGUCUCGUUUACCGGGAGAGCAGCUCAGAGGACGAGGGGGGUGGAGGAGGGCUGUUGUCCUCCGAGGUCAUCGAAAUAGAUGACGACGACGAUGAUGAUGUCAUUGCCGUUGGCUGUUUGGUUCCUCCAAAGACUCCUGUCACUCCUGUCAAAGAUCCAGUGUUAAAUGAGGCGUCUGCAGCUCUUCAGAAAACCUCUCAGCAGGUGCAGAAGUUGGUCAACAUGGCCCACAAGCCUUCGCCGGGUGUUUCUUUGCUCCGAUCUCCAGGACAGCCUCCAUUCCAGUCAGGUAUUCAGGGUUCAAUGCCAGCAGUGUUUGUAUCACAGGCUCCAUCUCAGUCCAUAUGCCAGCCCAACCCAAACCUGGUAGAGGAUGAGCUGCGAGUCGGGAUGACCAUCCUGGGAAAGAAACGCACCAAGACGUGGCACAGAGGCACCCUCGUGACCAUCACCCCUGUUGGAAACGGUAUAUUCAAGUAUAAAGUGAAGUUUGAUAAAGGAAAGAGUCUGCUGUCGGGAAAUCAUGUGGCUUUCGACUAUAAUCCCACUCUGGAGAGUCUCUAUGUCGGAGCCCGUGUAGUCGGCAAGUACAAGGAUGGCAGCCUGGUAUGGCUCUAUGCUGGAAUAGUAGCAGAGAUGCCCAACGCUAAAAACCGCAUGAGGUAUCUCAUAUUCUUUGAUGAUGGCUAUGCUUUAUACGUGAGACUAACUGAUCUUCACCCUGUCUGCCGACCUUUGAAGCGUACUUGGGAAGACAUAGAGGAUGCAUCGUGUCGAGACUUCAUCGAGGAAUACAUUACUGCCUAUCCCAGCAGGCCCAUGGUGCUUUUAAAGGUCAACCAGAUCAUCAAGACGGAGUGGGAGGGAACCUGGUGGAAGAGCAAAGUGGAGGAAGUCGAUGGCAGCUUGGUCAAGAUCCUCUUCUUGGACGAUAAGAGGAGUGAGUUGAUCUAUAGAGGCUCCACCAGGUUGGAGCCAAUGUUCAACCUGAAGAUGACCACGGCCAACAAUCAGGAGAAGAAGCUGGCUGGACAGCAGAGGUCACGACCCAACAUGGGAGCACUGAGGAGUAAAGGCCCAGUGGUACAAUACACCAGUGAUGGACAAGUUGGAGCCUCUCCCGUCAAAACGCCACAGGCCACACCGAGUCAGCCCUCACAGACACCCCAACUUCAACAACAUCCACCGCGUCCGCAACCCUCACAGCCCUCACAGCCCCCACAGCCUCAACAGCCUCAACAGCCCCAACAACUCCAACAACUCCAACAACCCCUUCAGCCCCAACAACACCAACAAACCCUUCAGCCCCAACAAACCCUUCAGCCCGCACUUCCUGCACCACGUGUCGAUAAUAAACAUCAGAUGGCAAAGAAGAGCACAUCUCCAUUUGUCCCUGGGGUGGGAGGCACACAUGCCUCCAUAGUCAUGCAGUCUCUUUCUCCCAGUCCCAGCAACCUGCCUGGCGGAAGAACUUUGAAUGCUCCAAACACUCCUACACCCACCUUCACACAAUCGUAUCAGAGACAAGUGCCAUCUCUGCCUCCCGUCCCCCCUCCCACUCCCAUUACCCACGCGAUGGCCACGAUCCCACAUCAGCCUUCCUAUCGUGCCCCAACGGACCGCAUCUUCUACAUGGCUCACACAUGUCAGCCCGCCUGUCUAAAUCGUGUCCGACCUGCAAAGGCUGACGUGCACAGAGGAAAGAACCCCCUCCUAACACCUUUACUGUAUGACUUCAGACGCAUGACAGGUCGACGCAAAGUCAACCGCAAGAUGUCAUUCCAUGUUAUUUACAAGGCUCCAUGUGGACUCUGUCUGCGAAACAUGGCAGAGAUCCAGCAGUACCUCUUCCAGACGCGCUGUGACUUUAUAUUCUUAGAGAUGUUCUGUUUAGACCCCUACGUACUUGUGGACCGUCCCUUCCAACCACAGAGGCCGUUCUAUUACAUUCCAGACAUCACUGGUGGAAAGGAGGACAUCCCACUUUCCUGCGUCAAUGAGAUCGAUUCCACUCCGCCUCCUAAAGUAGACUACAGUAAAGAACGUAUUCCAGAGGAUGGAGUGUAUAUCAACACCAGUGCAGACUUCCUGGUUGGGUGUGAAUGCACUGACGGCUGUCGAGACAAGUCUAAAUGCUCUUGCCACCAGCUGACCCUUCAGGCGACAGGCUGUACACCAGGGGCACAGAUCAACCAAAACGCUGGUUUUCUGCACAAACGAUUGGAGGAGUGCCUGCCCACAGGGAUCUACGAGUGUAAUAAGCGGUGCAAGUGUUGUUCUCAGAUGUGCACUAACAGGCUUGUUCAGCAUGGCCUCCAGGUGCGUCUCCAGCUCUUCAAGACCCAGAACAAAGGCUGGGGCAUCCGCUGUCUGGACGACGUGGCCAAGGGCUCGUUUGUCUGCAUAUAUGCUGGUAAAAUCUUGACGGACGACUUUGCAGACAAAGAAGGUCUAGAAAUGGGUGACGAGUAUUUUGCUAAUCUGGAUCAUAUAGAGAGUGUGGAAAACUUCAAGGAGGGCUAUGAGAGCGAGGCUCAUUGUUCUGACAGCGAGGGAAGCGGCGUGGACGUUUCCAGGAUAAAAAUCCAACCAUCUGCGUUGGUAUCGUCCAACAUUGUGGGCCGACCUGCCAGGAAGGGCGAGUCCAAAUCCACAGCCCAAAGCUCAUCGGGAGACAGCAAUGACGACGACGACGACAAAGACUCGAAGAGUGAAGACGAAAGUGACAGUUCAGACGACACGUUUGUAAAGGACAACUACUACAGCUCCAGCUCUGUGUGGAGGAGUUACACAACGCGUGGUCAGGUCAAGGGCAACAAGGAAGGGAGUCAAGACAGUAAAGAUGGAUUGAGUGCGUCGGUCAAGGGAACCGAUGACCAGAAGCCACCGUUCAUGCCAGAGGAGACGGGGAAAAGCAAAGUGGCUUCCUGGCUGACGAGCCAGGGCCUGAAGAGGGAAUCCGGAGACGGCAAGAGUCACGUGAAGCCAGAAACAGGGAAGAAGCAGGACGUGACGACUCUCUCUGACAGUGACGAUGUUCAGACCAUCAGCUCGGGAUCUGAUGAAAACAAAGAGAGAGAAAAAGUAACUCCAGGUGUGACGAAGAAGCAGGUAGCAGUUAAAUCUACGCGGGGCUUCGCCCUGAAGACCAGCCAUGGUAUGAUGGUAAAAACAGGUGCACCUGGAGGCGGGGGAGGGCCGGGGGGCCAUGGAGGAAAGACGGGGGGCCAUGGAGGAAAGACGGGGCAGAAGGGACAGACCGGAGGAGGCGGGGAAAACGCUCCCAGAAACACCCGUCAGUUCUUUGACGGUGAAGAGUCUUGCUACAUCAUUGAUGCCAAGUUGGAAGGAAACCUCGGGCGUUACCUCAACCACAGCUGUAGUCCAAACCUUUUUGUCCAGAAUGUGUUUGUGGACACGCAUGAUUUGCGAUUCCCAUGGGUGGCGUUCUUUGCCAGCAAGCGGAUCCGGGCCGGCACAGAACUGACCUGGGACUAUAACUAUGAGGUGGGCAGUGUGGAGGGUAAAGUGCUGCUCUGCUGCUGUGGAUCCACUGAGUGCAGAGGACGGCUGCUGUGAUCUAACUCCACGUGGACUUCACUGCCGCAUCUGUAGGAAACUCACAGUUUCCUCUUCAACACUGUAACUUCAUGUUGCUCAUGUUGCUGUUUUUAAACCUGAUAUACCUGUUGUUGUUUUUUUGCCUUCAUUUUUACACGAUCAUGCGUCCAGAUUCCUCUCAAUCUACCAAUGACGUGUUUGUUUACUCCUGAAUAAAAUGCAGUUUUCUUCAGUGAA